CUCUCUCUGUUCCCUCGGUUUUAGAACACUCCUCUGCACUAACUCAACGAGACUGCGACCUAGCUCUCUGCCUUAGUUUCUCCUAGUGUCAAGGUGGGCACCAGGUCUGCUGUGUGUCUCCUUGGAACUCUGGGAAGGGAAAAAUUACAGUUGGAAGUUGGAAAGAAGCUAUAAAAGCAGCCUUCCAGCGAGGUGAACCUAGAGACCUGAGGCCACUUGAGAAGGGGAAUUAAAGGAAGGAAGUGAUGGGGCAGCCAGGUGCCCACCUCAGCAUCUCCAGUCUCCACCCCCAGGUUUGGGCUGGCUGUGCAGGGGGCUGGGCUGCCUGUUGAGGGCCCAUGCAGCAGUGCACUGAGGAGCGUCCAUCUGCUCUGUGCCCAGCCCUGCCAUCUUGGUUCACUUUGACCCUGGGGCGGGCCGCGGUCACAGUCACCUUGGAGCCUCCCUAAAGGCCUAUCACCCUCCGCAGAGCAUGCCGGGAACAUUCUUUAACAAAGAGCAUGAAAACCCCAUGUUACCCCACGGGCCCCUAUCCAAGACUUUUGCCCUCUUCGCUGGAGAGCCAGCCCACCCCAAAAUGGGAGAGGGGGAGGGGUAGGAGCCUAAGCUGCCUCUCCCCUCUCCUCUUCCAGGCCCUUCCUUUGCAGCCGGCUCGCCAUGGCACUCCAGCCAGGAUGCUGCCAAGCGUGCUCCGUGCCAGGGCGGAGGCUGCGCCUGGGGAUUGGGGGAAGGGGGUGGGGACCCUCUGGGCUGGCGGCUGCCAAGGGUCCUGGAGCCCCUUGCCUGCCCUUUGGAGGGCCUAAAACUUCCCAGGAGAGGAAUGACUAGCUCUGCUGGGUGGUAGGCGAUGUGGGGGAGGGUGCCGGAUCUGUCCCCCUCGGGGGCCCUCAGGCAGCACAAUAGCCCCUGGGGCUGCCACUCUCUGGCUUAAGUGGUUGCCCGGGCAACAGCUGGGGCCAGCUUCCACCAAUCCAUGGCAGAGGCUUGGUGGGGGGAGGGAAGCCAGCUGGGAAGGGGGUGCUCUCCCCUUGCUGGAUCCUAUAUAAGGAGGAGAGAUGUGAGCGGAGUGGUCUGGGCUUCGCUGUCCUUCCAGCAGACUCGGAGCUGGGGCACAAAGAUGCUUAGGCUGGGCUAUGCCAAGCCUGGGUCCUGGGGCAGCUUCUGGGCCAUCCUGACCUUGGUGGGCCUGGCCACUCGUGCAGCCCAGAAAGCUGACGGUGGCGGGGAGGCAGCGGGCACCUCCAUCAACCACUCCCAGAUGCUGCUCCAACGCUUGCAGGAGCUGCUGAGGCAGGGCAAUGCCAGCGACGUGGUUCUGCGGGUGCAGGCUGCAGGCACCGACGAGGUCCGAGUCUUCCACGCCCACCGCCUGCUGCUGGGACUGCACAGUGAGCUGUUCCGGGAGCUGCUGAGUAACCAGAGCGAGGUGGUGCUGGUGGAGCCCCGGGACUGCGCCGCCGUCUUUGACAAGUUCAUCAGGUACCUCUACUGCGGUGAGCUGACCGUGCUGCUGGCUCAGGCCAUCCCCCUGCACAGGCUGGCCACCAAGUACGGCGUGGCGUCCCUGCAGCGGGGCGUGGCCGACUACAUGCGCGCGCACCUGGCAGGCGGCGCGGGCCCGGCGGUGGGCUGGUACCACUAUGCGGUGAGCACCGGCGACGAGGCCCUGCGCGAGAGCUGCCUGCAGUUCCUGGCCUGGAACCUGUCGGCCGUGGCGGGGAGCGCCGAGUGGGGCGCCGUGAGCCCCGAGCUGCUGGCGCAGCUCCUGCCGCGCUCGGACCUGGUGCUGCAGGACGAGCUGGAGCUGUUCCACGCGCUGGAGGCGUGGCUGGGCCGCGCGCGGCCGCCCCCCGCCGUGGCCGAGCGGGCGCUGCGCGCCAUCCGCUACCCCAUGAUCCCGCCGGCGCAGCUGUUCCAGCUGCAGGCGCGCUCGGCCGCCCUAGCGCGCCACGGCGACGCGGUGGCCGACCUCCUGCUGCAGGCCUACCAGUUCCACGCCGCCUCGCCGCUGCACUACGCCAAGUUCUUCGACCUCAAUGGCAGCGCCUUCCUGCCCCGCAACUACCUCGCGCCCGCCUGGGGCGCCCCGUGGGUCAUCAACAACCCGGCCCGCGACGACCGCAGCACCAGCUUCCAGACGCAGCUGGGCCCGAGCGGCCACGACUCGGGUCGCCGGGUCACUUGGAAUGUGCUCUUCUCGCCGCGCUGGCUGCCCGUCAGCCUGCGGCCCGUCUACGCGGACGCCGCGGGCACCGCGCUGCCCGCCGCGCGUCCCGAGGAUGGCCGGCCGCGGCUCGUGGUCACGCCGGCCAGCAGCGGCGGCGACGCGGCGGGCGUGAGCUUCCAGAAGACGGUGCUGGUGGGGGCGCGCCAGCACGGCCGCCUGCUGGUGCGCCACGCCUACAGCUUCCACCAGAGCAGCGAGGAGGCGGGCGACUUCCUGGCGCACGCAGACCUGCAGCGGCGCAACUCCGAGUACCUGGUGGAGAACGCCCUGCACCUCCACCUCAUCGUCAAGCCCGUCUACCACACCCUCAUCCGGACCCCCAAGUAGACGAGGGGGGCCGGGGGCCGGGGCGGGGCGGGGGGAGCUCGGACGCCUCCGGGCUGGGGAAUAAAGGUGUGGCAUAGAUGGCCUGGGAGGAGCCGGUGGAGUAGAGGUGCCUACGCUGGCCUCCAGGUUGGCCAGGCACUGGCGACGUCGGAGUUGGGUGGAAUCCAAGCGAGGGGCGCUAGACCAGAUGUCUGCUUUCAGGACGAGAUUUCGCGGCUGAUUUGAAGGCAACGCUCUUGGUUGAAUAAAGCGAUGCUCGCAGAGACCGGGGGA